AUGACUGGAACAUUCACAAACGCCAAAAGCGGAGCAUCACACACUUUAUUGUUGGACGGGGAUUGGAAAGGCAAAAACUUCAAGGUGAAUUUAGAAGAUGGGGAAGAGGUGGCGACGGUUAAGAGGAGUUAUAUGAAGAACUGGGGCAACCAUUACGCGCUCACUGUGGCUGAAGGUGUCGAUCUUGCUUUGAUGAGUGCUUUGGGUAUUUGUAUGGUCGCUUCUAUCAUGGAGGAUGAGAUGGCAGCUGCAGUAGCGUAG